AAAUAAAAUAAUUGUGUUCGCAAAAAUUCUCAUUUUUGGAAGAAAAUGAAAUACAGAUUGGUGGCAGUAGUAGCUAUAUUCCUUCUAUUUUGUAACGCAUUUGCUGAGUACGAAGAAAUAUGUCGUCUCCUCAAGAAUGGCAGCACAUUUCGUAAGCCUGGCAGUUGUACGCAAUACAUAACCUGUAAUAACAACUAUGCUCAAACUCACACAUGCACGGGUGACACCUUAUUCGAUCGUAGCAAAUUACAAUGUGUCGCGAGUAGUACCUUAUCCAGUGAUACUUACUGCAGUAAUCGCUGUGUCGGCAAAAGCGGCACCUGGAUACCAGAUUUAACAAGUUGCCGAGGUUUCUUAUAUUGCAGUGGUGAUGUCCCAAUUAAAGGGCAAUGUCCAGAAGGAUAUCAUUUUAGCGAAUCUUCUCAACAAUGUAUUUUCGAUGAAGAUUCCAGUUGUUUGGUAGUUGGCAAUAUAUGUGAAACAUUACCAGAUAAAACUAGAUUACUUAAUGAAAACAAUUGUCUUAACUAUUAUGAAUGUUCUAAAGACAAAUUAUCAUCCAGUGCGUGUAAAUCUUUAUAUUUCGAUGUUCAAAGUGGUACGUGUGUUGACAAACAAUUGGUAGCAUGUACUGCACAUCCAUUACCGAAAAAUGUUUGCGGUACUGCCGCCAAACCAUCUCCCGGCUUUAAAUCAGAUGACGCUACAUGCCGUGGAUACUUUGCUUGUGCUGAUUUGGGUAUCGUUCCUGACUUAACGCCUGUCUGGGGUCAAUGCCCAGAGGGACUAUUCUUUAACUCUACAAAUCAAGCAUGUGUUAUACCUAGAAAUGCAAUUUGCACCAAUAAUCGUUGUGAAGGACGUGGAUCUGGUUUGGUAGCAACCAGUAAAAACAAUUGUCACAAUUACAUAAUAUGCGAAGAUGGUAAAACAGUUUCAGAACAAUCAUGCAGAGGAGAUCUGUUCUUUGAUGAAGAGCGGCAAGCAUGUGUUAAGGACAUCAUUGAAUAUACCUGCUGUGAUGGACAAAAGGCAUAAAACCUAUUAAUUAAUACAUACGAAUACAUAUUAAUUGUGCAAGAAACAA